GCGUGCCCCGCGGCCCCAGGCGCUGACGUGGCCGCCGUCAGCGCCGCCAUCUUGUGGGAGCGAAACCAACGCCUGGCUCGGAGCGGCUACCGCUGAGGUCUCUGGCCAGUUUCUGUUCCACGCAUCCACAAGCAUGGGGAAUAUCUUCGCAAACCUCUUCAAGGGCCUCUUUGGCAAAAAAGAAAUGCGCAUUCUCAUGGUGGGCUUGGAUGCUGCCGGAAAGACAACAAUUCUUUAUAAACUGAAGCUUGGUGAAAUUGUGACCACCAUUCCUACCAUAGGUUUCAAUGUGGAAACGGUUGAAUACAAGAACAUCAGCUUCACCGUGUGGGAUGUGGGUGGUCAGGACAAGAUUCGACCACUGUGGCGCCACUAUUUCCAGAACACCCAAGGCUUGAUCUUUGUGGUGGACAGCAAUGACAGAGAGCGUGUGAAUGAGGCCCGUGAAGAGCUCAUGAGGAUGCUGGCUGAGGACGAGCUCAGGGACGCUGUCCUCCUCGUGUUUGCCAACAAGCAGGACCUCCCCAACGCCAUGAAUGCAGCUGAAAUCACAGACAAGCUGGGGCUGCACUCUCUACGCCACAGGAACUGGUACAUUCAGGCCACCUGUGCCACCAGUGGGGACGGGCUCUAUGAAGGAUUGGACUGGCUCUCCAAUCAGCUCCGGAACCAGAAGUGAACCAGAAUCCCCCUUCCCCUCACUUUCUCCUUCUCUGCCCUCCGCUUUCCUCUCAUGUGGCAAACGUUGCGACUCUGUGGUCCUGAGUGCCAGAAGCUGUCUCCAUGGGUUGGUCACAGUGUGCACACAUCGUGCUGUACAUGUGCAGACGCCUGCAGCCAGGUUUUUAUUUAAUGUAAAUAGUUUCUGUUUCCACUGAGGCAGUUUCUGGUACUCCUAUGCAAUAUUACUCAGCUUUUUUAUUGUAAAGAAAAUCAACUCACUGUUAGUACUGAGAAGGGAUUUGGGUGCAUGGGCACCUGGCCUCCAGGAGCCACUGAACUGUAGAUUGGUGUCAGGAUCCAUUUGGUGGUUGGUGUAUAACCCAAACUCAGUGCAUUUUUAAAAAUAAUUAAAAAUUACAAGGUGAGGAGAACACUUGAACACACAGAAGGGAGACUAUUCCUAGUGCGGUUCAGCCUGAUCAUCAGAUCAGCUGUUCCUCUGGGAACUCCAGAGAUGUGACGAACAAAUGCCAUCCACUGCAUGGUCACAGUUGAGACCCUGUGGCCCGCCUGUCUUUGGGUCACCUGCAUUCCAUAGCAUUGUGCUUGUACUCAUGCUCACAUGGUCACCUUGGGGUAGCGGGGAAGGUUAAGAGGGGUACAGGGCCCACCCUCCCCCUCGGUCAGUGUGCAGCUGGAGUGGCAGCCUAUUCCUAGUGCCCGCUCGGGACUUACGUUGGUCAGUCUGGGUCUCACCAGCAGGAGCGCGUGCAAACUGGGUCGGUUGGUCCACUCUAGACCACAGUCCCGGAGCACCCCCACCUCCAUGUGUGAAGUAGCUUCCUCCCUCAGCCUGCAAGGGUCCGAUUUGCCAUCAGAAAAGAUGACCUCUACUUUUUUCUUUUGUAUUUUGAUAAACACUGAAGAAGCUGGAGCUGUUAAAUUUACCUUGGGAAACUUCAGAACUGGUUUAUUUGGUGUUGUGGAACCUCUUACUGCUUUCAAUACACGAUUAGUAAUCAAC